AUGUUUCGAUCAUCAUUAAGACUGUCUGUAUCGCUUGGAAGGCUGAAACCUUUCACAUCUUCCGGUAGACAGCUCACCAGUCCUGUCACAAAAAGCUUCCAGCAACAUCGAUUUGCCGCCUCAUACAAACGCUUCAAUCAAGGUUCAUCUGCCUCAACUCAAUUUACCCUUUCACAACUUCUCCGUUCAAGAGCGACUCUAUACAUUGGUUUGGGUACUGUGGGGUUCUGUCUCUACAACCUUGAAAAUGCUCCUGUCACAAAUCGUCUCCGAUUACUCUGGAUUCCGUUCUGGUUGGAGGCAAAAAUUGGUGAUUAUUCAUACCGUCAAAUUAUGAGUGAAUAUGGUAAUCAGAUCUUGCCAACAAGCGAUCCUUUAUACCGUAGAGUGUCCAAUGUUAUGAAUAAACUCUUGGAGUCUGCCAUUUCCAACACCCCAGAUCAAUCUCAACGUGAACAUCUCAAGUCAUUACCAUGGACGAUUCAUAUUAUUCAAGUUGAUCCAAAUAAGGUCCCUCCAAAUGCUUUCAUUUUACCUAAUGGUAAAAUCUUUAUUUUCCUGUCUAUCUUGGGCAUUUGUGGUAAUGACGAUGGGUUAGCUACAGUUCUUUCACAUGAGUUGUCCCAUCAACUUGCAAGACACACUUCUGAACAGCUCUCUAAGCAACCCUUUUAUCUUGCUUUGCUGGCGAUCAUGUACAUGGCCACUGGAGUGGACUGGCUUUCCUCAGUAUUUAUCAAUGGGGUAUUGAAAAUGCCUGCUUCUCGAGAAAUGGAAGUUGAAGCUGACCAUAUCGGAUGCACUUUAAUGGCACGUCUGUGUUUUAAUAUUCACGAAUCAGUCAAGUUUUGGCAACGUAUGAGUGAUUGGGAAGCACAAGCUGAAGUACGUUCUCGUGGGGGAGGUGUCGCUGCCGCUAGUUUACAAGAGUUUUUCCUGACUCAUCCAGGAACUCCCCGUCGUAUUGCAAAUAUUGAGAAAUGGAUGCCUGAACUUGAGAAUAUUCGGGAAUCUUCAGGUUGUUAUGAACAUCAAUUUGGAUUAUUUAUGGAUAAAACUAGAAACUAUUUUAAAUAA